UCUCCUAACCUACACGGUUCUACAAAUCUGCUUCUCCAUUACAACCUUAUUCUUUCUUUCUUUCUUUCUUCUAUAGUCUUAUUAGAAAUUCAGAAUAAACACUACGCUAGUUUCAAUGGCCGUGACGAAGCAAGUUCCUCAGGUGGAAGACGACAAGUCGCUGAAGAAGAGAAACGAAGAGCUGGAGAGAGAGCUCAGGAAGAGCCAGGAGAGGGAGGAGAGGAUGAAGGCCGAGUUACAGAAGACGUUUGAGAGGCUCAGAGUGGCAGAGGAGGCGGAGGAGAGGCUAUGCUCACAGCUCGGUGAGCUAGAGGCGGAGGCCGUCGAUCAGGCGCGUUCAGAUCACGCGAGGAUUCUAUCCCUUAUGAACCAGCUUUCUCAGGCACAGCGUCUCCUCCAGUCCGCCGCCGUUUCUCUUCCAUUAGAAUUCGCCUCCAAAUGAGAAGCGAAUAUUCCGUUUGUUUGGUGUUAGUUAAUGUUUGGUUUCAGAUGAUCUCCGGCCAUGUAAUGUUUUUGUGACUGGUCAGUGCAUGUAUGUAGGGUUUGUUGUUGUAGAAAUUAAGAAUAUUUAUAGGAAGCGGUUUCGGUUUUGUUUGUUGAUCCAUGCGUCUUCUUUUUCUGAAUGAAAAAGAAGAAACAAAUAAUAUAUGUACAUUUGUAGAGGAAUUUAAUAAAUUGUGCUAUGUUUUCUUGUUUC